UUUUUUGUUGUUGUUGGUACCGGGGAUCGAACUCGGGACCUUCUGCCUCCGAGGCAGGCGUUGACGCCACUGAGGUAAAUCCCCGGCCCUGGAGACAGUUUUUAAUUGGGAUAAAUUUGGGAUGAAAACCUCUGAACCACUCCGCACAGCUAAGAGACGCAGACGCCCGCGUACACAGCCCUUCCCGACUGGCCGCGCGGCAGAGAGGCGCCCCGCGAGGGGACACGAUUGGUUGGAAGCGUCACGUGAUGACCGCGCCGCGGAGCGGAAGUGCCGCGCGGACAGCGUCCGGCAGGAGGAGCUGAGGCCAUCGCGGUCUCCUUAGUCGGCCGUCGGGUCAAGUCUCCGUGUCGUCCUGUCGCCGUGCGCGCUCUGCGGGGACGCUGAGGCCAGCGGCGUGGGCUCGGGAGGAGCAGCGGCCCGCGCGGCCUGGGCAUGGAAGCGGAGGCUGCGGGCAGCUAUUCCCUUGAGCAAGCUCAAGCAUUUUACUCGUUUCCAUAUCAACUGAUGAUGGCUGAAGCUCCGAACCUGGCAGUCCCGGUGAUGGCACAGCAGAUGCCAGUGGAAGCCCCUGCCCCAGCUCCUGCCCAGGACCCCGUGCAAGAGGCUCCAAGGGGAAGGAAAAGGAAAGCCAAAGCAGCAGAGCCCAAAACGCCCGUGGAACCCAAAAAGCCUGCAGAGUCCAAAAAAUCUGCCAAGUCCAAGGAAAAGCAAGAAAAAAUUACAGACACAUUUAAAGUGAAAAGAAAAGUAGACCGUUUCAAUGGUGUGUCCGAGGCAGAGCUGCUGACCAAGACACUCCCUGAUAUUUUGACCUUCAAUCUGGACAUCGUGAUCAUUGGCAUAAAUCCAGGCCUCAUGGCUGCUUACAAAGGGCAUCAUUACCCUGGACCUGGAAACCAUUUUUGGAAGUGUCUUUUCAUGUCGGGACUGAGUGAGGUGCAGCUCAACCACAUGGACGACCACACACUGCCCGGGAAGUACGGCAUUGGCUUUACCAACAUGGUGGAGAGGACGACGCCGGGCAGCAAGGACCUCUCCAGUAAAGAAUUCCGUGAAGGAGGACGUAUUCUAGUACAGAAAUUACAGAAAUAUCAGCCACGCAUAGCAGUGUUUAAUGGAAAAUGUAUUUAUGAAAUUUUUAGUAAAGAAGUUUUUGGAGUAAGGAUUAAGAACUUGGAAUUUGGGCUUCAGCCCCACAAGAUCCCUGACACAGAAACUCUCUGUUACGUUAUGCCAUCGUCCAGCGCAAGAUGCGCUCAGUUUCCCCGCGCCCAAGACAAAGUCCAUUACUACAUCAGGCUGAAGGACCUGAGGGACCAGCUCAAGGGCAUCGAACGGAGCUCGGACGUGCAGGAAGUGCGCUAUACAUUCGACCUGCAGCUUGCACAGGAGGAUGCAAAGAAGAUGGCUGUCAAGGAAGAAAAGUAUGACCCGGGGUACGAAGCUGCCUAUGGCGGAGCUUACGGCGAGAACCCAUGCAGCAGCGAGCCUUGCGGCCUCUCCUCCAACGGACUAACCGACAGCGCAGAGAUGGGAGGAGCGCUGGCAUUCGGUGACAUCCCGAAUGGGCAGUGGGUGCUGCAGCCCUUCGCAGACCGGAUCCCUCCCCUCGCUGACCGCCCUGGACCGCAGGAGUCGGAGGAAGGGAGCCAGGCGUGAGGACGGGACUUCCUUGCCCGCCGCCGCUGCCGCUGCCUUCGCUGCAGGUCUGAUGCCGCUCUCGGGAGGCAUCUCAGUUGUGCCUGCUCCGGAGCUGCAGCCCUAGCACAGCACGGCUGUGCGGCAGAAUCCGCCUGUGGACCUGAGUAGUUGGAGGGAAGAAACGGGCUUUUGUUCGUGAGUUUUGUAUUUGAACUAUCAUUUCAGCGUUUUAUAUGUGAUACUUCCUUUAUGAGGAAACUGACUUUUCUUCUUGGAGUCAGUCUUUUCUCCUGGAAAUUACUCCUUUUUUGGUACCAGGGAUUGAACUCAGGACCUUGCACUUGCAAGGCAGGUGCCACUGGAGUUACUCUUGAUCUCUAAUUUUAAAAUGCAGCAGCCUGGCCGGGCAUGGUGGUGCACACCGAUAAGCCCAGGACUCAGGAAGCUGAGGCAGGAGGACUGCCGUGAGUUCAAGGCUGGCCUGGGCUGCAUAGCGAGACCCGGUGUAACAGCCUGAAGUUUUCUCAUUGAUUCCUAACUGUGGAGGCCGUUGCCCUUCUGUGCCAGAGAUGGGCGUCUCAGCCGUGCGGCCCUCAUAGGGGUCACCUCUGGUGUUCGGCAUGGACAGGUGCCUCGGGCCCGCUCGGUUCGUGUUUGCACCGCUUCCUUUUGGCCGUGCGAUGUCUGUGACCGUGGCCUGCAGACGGUGUGGCAUUGUGGUGGCCGGGCUAACCUGGCCCUGGGGAUGGCCUGAGCCGAGUGCUGAUCCUCCAGUGGGCAGAGUGGUGCCUGCUGAGCGGAGGCUCUCAAGGGCACCAGCCCACGGGGACCUGAGAGGGAAGGCGCUGGGGCUCUGGCCGGGCGUUACCGAGUCUCCUUUUAUCCUUAGCUUUUAAGGUCCUGAUGCAGACCAUGAUGAGAAAUGAACUCUCAGGCUGAGCCACAAGGCGCUGCUGGUGUCUGAUAACCUUCUUUAAGCAGGUGCUCUGGGCAGGAGACAAGCUGAGUUGGACGGUAGGCGUGUCUUCCUGCCAGGUCAGUGUAAGCAGCCAGCGACUUUAAACUCGCUGUGCGCUGUUGCUGUCUGCUACUGUGGACGCAGCAAGCCUCAUGGAAAGGUGGAACUCUACCUUCCUGAUUUUCUGGUGCAUUUUCUCUGGUGCUACCGAGGAUCCAGCCCCGGGCCUGGAGGCUCCGAGCUGGGGCUGCAGAAACACCUGGGGUCGCUCGCACCACCCCUCCGUGUCCUGGGCGUGCGGAGGGAGGCAGGCACAGGCUGUCUCGGCCGUGUGAGAGCUCUGUGAGGUUUUCUGUCCCCCGGGCAGGCAUGUAGCCUGUGGUUCUAUUCAUAAUAAGAGAAACAAAUCCUUGUUGUGAGUCUCACCAUGCUUUUUAGCUGUAGCGAUGAUGGAUUUAUCUUCUGUGUGUAGGGCAAGCUGUGUGAAAGUCACUCGUGUUAUUUAAAUGAUGUACUGUACUGCUGUUUACAUGGGCGUCAUGCGGGGCUGGCAGUGCCUCGCGUCAGGGACUGGGGGCGAUGGGGUUAUUUUUUCAUGGGGUGGUGUAGGGUGUGUAUGGUACUGCUCGCUGUGAGACUUGGGGCACUGCAGGCUACCUGCGGGUGGAGGAAGCACCCCCAGUUAGGACAGCCACUCAGCAGAGUGGGCUCCGGUCCCAGCACGCUGUCUCGAUGUUUCCUUUCAGCAGGCCAUGAUUGGAAAACAUUGGCACACCCUGUAUAUGACUGUGUGAAAUUUUUUCAUUAAAAAAUAUUGGAAGAUUUUUAAAUUCA